AGGCGCUAGCAGUAAUGGCGGAGUUUGUAAAUAAACUGUAUUGACCUCCCGUUCGGCGUUCUUGGAUACCAAAAUGAAGAAAUUUUUCAAAAAAAUAACGAAAAAAUCCCCCUCCAAGGAACAGGGUGCUGCCGGAUCACCGAACUUGGGGGGAGCAGGAGGUGCACAGGCUUCGGAAACGUCAAAUCAAGGUUAUAUGUAUGAUGUCCGAGAAAAAGAUUUGGGAAGACUUCACAAGGCCGCCUGGACAGGGGAUAUAAAUAAAGUGCGACAGCUAGCUAAGAAAGAUCACAGCCCACUUGAUAAAGAAAACAGAACACCAUUGCAUCUGGCAUGUGCUCGCGGUCACGCUGCCGUAGUACAAGAAUUACUAGAAUGGAAAGCAAAGACAAAUUUAGGUGAUAACGAUGCCAAUACACCAUUAAUGAAGGCUGUACAAUGUCAACAUGCAGAUUGUGUCGAGCUAUUAUUAGAACAUCAUGCUAACGUUGAAGCCAUGGAUACCGAAGGAAACACAUGUUUACAUCAAGCAGUUCAAGAUGGAAAUCACCAAAUAGCAGACAUGUUGUUAAAAGCUGGAGCUAGUCCUGAUGCUAAAAAUAAAAAUGGUGAAACGAUUCUACAUGCUGCCGUCAAGACAAAACAGGAAGAAAUCUGUCGUCUGCUGUUAAAGAAUGGUGCUAAUGUCAACAUGUUCGAUAAAGAAUUUAGGUUACCGUUAAUGUACGCAUGUCAAGAUGGUUCGAUAAAUUUAGUAAAAUUAUUAUUAGAAUAUCAAGCUGAUACAAGUUCUAAAGAUGAUAAAGGCUGGACAGCAGAUGACUACGCAGUAAUUAAAGGACAUCAUGCCUGUUCAACUUUAAUAGCAGACCACGAUAGGAAAUAUAACCUAGGUAGUGCGGCCAGUACACCAAGAACUGCAUCAUUUCCCCCCAGUUCUCAAGUUACACCUAGAGAAAGGACUGGUUCUGUUGUAUUGGGUAUACCUGCUGAAGAUGUUGCUGGAGAUGAUUCUGGUGAAGAAUCAGCUAGUAGAAUAUCAGGUCAUGGUGGUGGUGCUGGGGAUUCAUGGGGAGAUGAUACAGACAUUAGUCUAGCAGCUGAUGACAAGGGAAAGGAAGGAUCAGACGUAGAUGAUAAUAUAUUUGAUGAAGAGCCACCAGAGAUCAUGCAGCCCUCUGUGACAUAG